AUGUUCCAAAAUUCAUCUACAAAAAGUUCUAAAAAUAAUCACCCGAACGAUGAUAAGCAACCUGCCUCUGGGAAUAAAAGAACUAAAAAUUCUUCAUCUUGUAAUUUCUGCAGAGAAAAAAAGGUUAAAUGCGUCUAUUUAAGCGGUGGCCGAUGCAGGCUAUGCAUCAAUAAUAACCGCGAAUGUAUAUCCAACCCACAAAAAAAGAGGGGUCCUAAAGGCCUUAAAAAAGCAACUGGAUCGAGUACACCAUCUAAAACCAGGUCAAAUUUAGAAACAUUGGGUGCAGCAUUUUUGCGAUCUCUAAGUGGAAAUGGACAACCUUUAGAGACCUUAAUUCAAGAAACUCGGUCAAACAUAAAUUCAUAUGGGAUUUCUUUAGCAGCAAAUAAUGAACAAACAUUGCCUAGUUUGGAUGAAAACCUUUCAAAUGGCGAAAGAGCUAUAUUUAGUGGAAGUUUUAUUGAGAGCUCUCUAGUAACCAACGAUCAAAGCGGAAAUUUACUUGAAAACCCUUUAGGAAUAAGUAAUGUGCGAAUAUCAUAUAGUUUAGUUCAAUCAAAUCCGUCAAAUAGCGACCCAAUAUCAGUAAAUUCAACUCAAGAAACUUUGCAAAUCAGAAACUUUUCAACUAUAAAUAACGAACAAAUGUUGUCCCCAGCAAUAGUCAACAGACAAAAUUUCCCUAGAACUCGGUCACCUGAGACCAGUAGACAACCUUCACCAAGUCGUGUGAACCGACAAAUAAGAAGAGAAGACAGAAACCAUGAACUUGGAGUUGGCUUACAUGCUAAUCAAAAUUCUUCACGCUCUCCGAGUCCAAUUUUUGUGGUUUCAAUGCAUUCAGAUAAUGAGCCAGUUUUACAGUUUCCAGAAAUAAAUUUUCCGAAUUCCGCAGAUUUAAGAUCAACAUCUCCUAUAGAUAUAUUAUCAUUAACUGGCUCUUACACAUAUCUCAAUUAUGACGCAUCAAAUAAUUCAUCUAAUCAAUCAUCACCUCUAAUUAAUUCUCAAGCGAUGUCAAUGCCAUUAUUGGGUGGUGCAUCACCUUUUACUGAUAUUAUCACAGAUCCUCAAACGCCAGUGUCGUCGCUUAAUUCACCUUUUAUCGAUUUUCAAACCACGUCAACGUCAUUGCUUGAAUUAGGGGAUGAAUCACCCUUUGUCAAUUUCACCACAGACCCUCAAGCCACGUUAAUGUCACCGCUUGAAUUAUCACCUUAUGUCAAUUUCACUACGGACCCUCAAGCCACAUCAACGCCAUUACUUGAAUUAGGGGAUGCAUCACCCUUUGUCGAUUUCACCACAGACCCUCAAGCCACAUUAAUGUCACCGCAUGAAUUAUCACCUUAUGUCAAUUUCAGUACGGACCCUCAAGACACAUCAAUACCAUCGUUUGAAUUAGGUGAUACGUCACCUCUUGCCAAUUUUACCACUGAUCCUCAAGCCACAUCAAUGUCAUCGCCUGAGUUGGAGGAUUCAACAUCUCUUAUCAACUCCAUCACGGAUCCCCAAACCAUUUCAAUGGAUAAUUCAGAAGAAAUUAAUCCAUACUUAUCAAUUCCGCCACAGAAUUUCAUAAAUAGAAGGAUAUGA